UUAAUACAAUUGGAACAAAGUGGGAAGGGGCACAGAGUUGAUGUUUUUAUCAUUUCGUUAAUAAAGUAUUAAGUGGAAAUAUAAAUAUUUUAAAAAAAUACUUAAUGAUCUUUAUAAUGUACUUUACCUAGGUGCAAAAGAUAAAAAAAUAAAUAAAUUUUAUAUUGUCCAAUAAACACAAAGGUGACGCUUAUAGCGUUUAUUUCGACAAAACUUACUAUAAUUAAAUAUAGUUUGAAACUUAUUUUUCUACAAUUUUUUCAAACUUGGAAGCUCUAUCCCGACUAAUUUGAAUCCUUUCAUUACCAGUUGCGAUUGUAUUUAAAUUUUUUCAAAGUAGUAUAAUAAUAAAUAAGAAGAUAUGUUUAGACCUGAAACUGAAGAUAUGUUGCCACGCUGUGCGCCAAAACCAAGUGUGCCUCUGGAUAUUAACACUGCUGCUAUAGUACGCCCAGCCGUGCCUGAAGUAUCAAUAUUAUUUGGAGCUCAACAAGCGCCUCCAAGUUCAUCAUCUUUGUCUACAGCUACGUCGGAACCUACACAACCAACUUAUGCUGCUUGGAAAAAGCAAGUACUGCCAAAGGUUUCAUUUCCACCGGCUGGCGCUGAAGUAUAUAGCAUAAAUGGUCACAUAGUAAAUUCAACCAAUGUUAAUUCUGCUUCAGGAAAAUCACUACUCGUUAACCAGCAGACCGCACCUAAUAAUACACAAAUAACUUCAAAUGUUUAUGCACAACGACCUGUUGUGCGUUUAGAUCAACACUUAGGUGUACAAGAAAACCAAGAAGAUAAUUUAAAAAGUCGUGCUCCUGAUGUUCCUACAGUAAUGACACAUCAGCAAAAUCCAACAAUUUUCAAGUCAAAACCGGACGUACUUACCAUUUGUGCAGGCUCGCAAACAGAUUCAUCACUGCUUUCUGAUUUCAACCAUAUUGAUGCUGCACUACUCACACGUCUAGCAACUAAAGAGGACCUUCAACAAUUACAUUCAAUAUAUGGGGAACUGCGAAUGGAUCAGCUUCGUCUAAUGAAUGCUGUUGAAACUCUUCUAAAUCAACAUCUAGCUCAUUCCAUUAAAGUGUCUCGUCAAGAUGCGAGUACACAGUGUAGCGAUAACGAUUGUUGUGAUAAUGAAAGGAAAACUCGAUCAAAGGAUGCCUUGAUUAAAGAGUCGAAUAACGCAAAUGCAGUUGUAGCUCCAAGUGAACGAUAUCAACCAAUUAAAGAUAUGCCCAUGUACGCCUUAGACUCACCGCGACAACCUGCUGCACAAUCCACUGCUUACCAACCAAACACACCACGCAACAUCAAAAUAUCUACAGACAAUAUAAUUCAUAAUAAACCAAGCACGGAACAAAGUAUGCUCAUGAAUGAGUUGGCUCUUAAAUAUCUGCCUAAUGAAAAGUUAAAUGAAUUACUACACGAACUCAAUAUAUUACCAACGCCACCAAAACAAACUACACCUUUGCGGCCAAUUGAAAACACAGAGAAACGACCAAGUGAUAUAUCAAAUGCUUCUUACAAGUAUCUUCAGAAAUAUCGAUUGUUACCGGAAGGGCAAAAUGAAGUCAAGGAACAAGUUACGCCAGUGGGCUCGCCUUUGACGCAGGCCGCACGACAACAGCUACAUCAAUCGCCCCAAACUGCCAUGUUAGAUCUGGAACAUAUUCGACGGCAACCCAAGCUUAUUUAAUUCGUGAUGUCUAUUUAGUAAUUAAAACAAAAAUUAAGUAUUUUAUAUGUAUUUUAGGAUUUUUUUCAA